AGAAAUCGGGUCGGUUACAUAUUUUUCCUCCGAUUCUGAUGUGCUGCUAAAUUGAGUUGAAAAAGACAACACACAAACUAGGGCCAGAUAAGAAGGCAACAUUCGAAUUAACUUCCCUAUAUCAAUGUGAUAUUUCCUCAACAAUUUGUAGUCAAACAGCCAAAAGGAGGAGGCGGCGAACCAUAGUGACUAUUACCAUAUGCCCUGAUGCAGCUGUUGGCUGAGAUUGCCAAUCGAAGCGGAAGGAAUUCCAUUUAAAGUGUGGGCAGUGUAUAAAAGCAGAAAGCGCAGAACGACGCGAAUCAACUCUAAUUGCAGAUGAAGGUUGCCGCUGCGAGAACCAAAAACGAAUUGUGCGUAGGACUGUCAAAGAACAUCUAACUUAAUAGAGAAAUACUUUGUCUUCGUUUCCCUAACUGGCCGAAGCUCCGCCCAUCGGCAAAGGUUUCGAGAUGGAGCCACGUCCCAAUAAGAGGCGGAACACAACCCGAACCCGAACCCGGACGCAGACCGAGACCCAGACCCAGACCAGAUGCCAGAGUCUAGGAUUCGCACUACUGGUCUUGAUAUUGACGCAGUCCUUUGACUGUGUUCUGUGCGGCGAGAAAUUGGCUCUUUUAUCGGCCACACUGCGCACAUAUCAGAAAGCGGCCUGCGAUACGGAUCAGGUGGUAAUUGCAUGCCCGCGCGGCACAAGCAUUUCAAUUGAAUUUGCCCAGUACAAUAAGUUCGUGGCGAAAGAUGGCUACAGCAUUGAGGAGUUAUGCCCCAUCACCGGCACCGUUAGACCUGAGAUUCGUGGCAAGGCCAAGUAUUUGCUGCGUGGUUCUACCUUUGGCUCCACUUCGCAAAAGGUGCCCGCCAAUCGCUAUAUGAAUGGUGGCUACGGAUUAGGGGCAAUGGCCAUGGAAGUUCCCACCAGCACCAGUAAUCUAAGUGCAACCAACACCGAAUCUUCAGCAGACGAUGCUCAGAAGGGCGAAAACUCUUCCGAAAGUUGCAUGUGGCCAAAUGCUCUGCAGUACUCACUGCUGCAGACUGUUGUGGAGGCCUGCCAGAAGAAGAAGCACUGCAAGUUUCACGGCUCCCCGCAGUUUUACGGAUUGGGCGCCAGCGGUGUGGGCGAUGCAUCCGGCACCAGCAGCUAUCACAGCAGCACGGCCAGCUCCAAUGCAAUCAGCAACGACCCCUGUCCCAAGCGCCGAAAAAUUGUCGAGGUCGCCUACAAAUGUCGUCCAUAUGAGUUCCGGAGCAAGGUUGCCUGUCAUAAUGAUGUCGCACAGCUGGAAUGCAAUCCGUAUUCGCGGAUAGCCCUUUACAGUGCCAGCUUUGGACGCACCGAAUAUGAAAGCAUUCAGUGUCCGCAGCCGCAGGGUGUCCGCGAAGAGACAUGUCUAGCCUCGUUCGCAACGGAGACGGUGAUGCAAAUUUGCCAUGGACGAAGGCGCUGCAACUUGGCUGCCGAUGCGAAUACCUUUGGCACGCCAUGCCAACCAAACUCGCGAAUGUAUUUGAAAGUUGUUUACACAUGCGUGCCGAAGCAAGUGCUAAAGGAGAGCAAUGAGUCAGAUGUGGAGGCUGACGAGACGGAGGACUUUGAGGGCGACAUCAACGACCUGUAUGACGAUGAUCUCAUCUACAAGGAGUCAGAGGCCAUACCCAAAUUGUACAGUAAUACAACUAAAACAGCGCAAGGCAAUGGAACCAGCGGCACCGGACUCGCAGCCAACGCAAAUCCAGAUGGCAUUCGCCCCGCGGCAAACAGCUCACUGGACACAGAUGCGGAUGGUAGCGGCGUCAAUCCGGUGAUGACACAUAGCGCUGACUUAAGUCUAGAGGACGACCAGCAGCGCCUCUAUUUGUAUUUGUUAAUUGUUGGAUCGGUUGGGGUGCUGUUCUCCAUUGUUAUUGUGGCCACGCGACUAGUGCUUCAGAAGCGCCGGAUGGCCAGUGAUACGCAUUCCAACUCUUCGACCAAGGGCGGCGGGAACGGUGUAUUGGCCGACGAGACAACCAUUCCAAGCGGAUUCAACGACACCAUUUCGGAAAUAGACGCUGACAUUGAUCUUACCACUUCCAUACCAGUGCCGAGUGUAUCCAAGAACGAGAACUACAUAACCUACGCGCCAGCCGGCAGCUUAUACGCUGGUCUAGCGCCCAGUCAGUUGGCUACAGUUGGCGGAUCAUGUGCGACACCCGGCCUAAUCACAAAUCCCUUGCUGAUGGGUGCACGUCAGUCUCCGGAUCUAAUUGGCAUCAGCCCGAGCAGUUAUGUGGCGACGAGCAGUGCCGGCAAUGCAACUUCUGGGCAGGCCCCCAUGACGAGCAUUCUGGCACCAGCGAUUGUUAUUGGUGCAAACGGUCCUGGUGGAGUUUUGCCCGGCAGCAGUGGCAUAAACACUAUGGUUCCGCUUACGUCCCUCACUCAAUACACAACGGCGCCCACCAUUCGCGGUGGCUACAUUUUAAACGCCGAUGGGAUGGGCGUACUCCAGCGGCCUAGCAACUCACCGACGCCGCCUUCCUCUUUAGCCAGCGGAUCUCCGGCACAUCCGCAGACCCAACAGACGCCGACCACAUCGCCGCUGGCCAUGACAACGCUAAGUCAUGUUCCAGCCCCGGGCACAUCAACGUUGCGCCGCACAAAGCCGAAUACGACGGCAAUGCUUCAUUCACAGCUCUCGUAUGAUGGCACGGCUCCGCGUACUCUCUCAACUGGUUUACCCGUAAGCUCACAGUUUUAUUAUGGAUGACCAAGCAUGGGGGACUGUGAGCCACACGUUUACACCACAGCCAUCAGCGUGACCUCCCCGAACGUCCAUAGUUAUGCCAGGCAGAGUGCGACAGGCUCUCAGGCAGAGCCGCCGACUGUCUCCGGUCCAGAUGCCGCUCAUAUGUCGGCACCAACGAGGCCCUAGCCACAUGCCUACAAUGGAGUAGCAGUGCCAUUGAGUACUCCUAGCAUAAAAGACAAUACAAACCCAGAGGGCGAUGAACUAACCCCAGAGACCGAGAGUCAUAACCGGAAACAGCUCUAAUAACAAGAACAAGAACAACAACAGGUCUGUAAAGAAUAAAUGGCUUACUCAACCAGUCUGGACAAAAUUAGCUGGAGUCUGUUUUUAGAAAAGAA